AUGUUCUGUGCAAUCUCGGGCGAGCCUCCAGUAACACCGGUGAUUUCGAAAAAGAGUGGAUUGGUGUAUGAACAACGAUUGAUCCUGAAGUACAUACAAGAGAACGGAAAAGAUCCGAUAACGGGAGAUACAUUGACAGAGGAUGAUCUAAUAGAAAUCAAAGCAAAUCCAAAGACCGUUGCACCGAGACCACCGUCACAUUCAUCCAUUCCGUCCCUACUUUCGACCCUACAGAAUGAGAUCGAUGCAUCCGUCUUGGAAACAUUCACACUCAAGAAAGCAUACGACAGUGUCAGACAAGAGCUUGCACAUGCACUAUAUGCCAACGAUAGCGCAAAUCGUGUGAUUGCACGAUUACUAUGGGAACGUGAUGAAGCACGUACAGCUUUGGCAAGUUUGCGAGAUUCGAUGGGACAAAAUGGUGCUACUGGAAGAGAUGCGGAAAUGACAGAUGCAAACAAUGCAUCCACUUCCGAAAUAAGAGGAAUGCCAGGCUCAUACAUUGCCACGAUUGAUGAAACAUCUGCAACACUUUCCUCUACAAGAAAAGCUAAAAUGAAACGAAAACCAGAAGGAUAUACCCAAGCAUCCAGCGUAUCGCAAUUCGCACAGCUCGAGAGCGUGCCCUCCUUACACACCACAAGAUCUCCCGGAGUGACUGCAUUGGAUGUUUCACUAGAUGGAGAUCUGCUCUUGACAGGUGGGAAGGAUAAGCAGGUACAGGUAUACAGGAGAUCGACCGGCAAGACUAUAGCAACACUAAAAGGACAUAGCGAUGCCAUCAAUAAAGUACUAUUUGUCAGAUCUUUGGUCGGUGUAGAGUUCGGCAACAUAUCUGAGAACGGAGAAGUUCCUGAAUGGGCGGUCAGUGCUAGUGCUGAUCACAGUGUGCACGUAUGGAAAGCGGAUGGGAAUGAAAAGAAUGCAUAUUCACUUGCCCAUUCGAUUACAUCGUUCAAGAAAGCGAUCACAGGACUGGCCGUCCAUCCUUCAGGACUGUACUUUGCAGCAGCAUCAGAAGAUGGCACGAUUGGAUUUUUCGAUGUAUCAUCUGGCGAGCGACUUCUACAGAUCGAAGCCUCGCACCAGUACACCAGCCUAGACAUUCAUCCUGACGGAACCCUUCUGGCUGCCGGCACUUCGUCUGGCUCCGUUGUGAUUUACGAUGUCAAGACGGGUCAAGAGAGUGCUUCGUUCAGCUCAGAGUCAUCAACCAGUGUCUCUUCUCUAAAUUUCAGUGAAAAUGGCUAUCUAUUAGCAAGCGCGACAUCUUCCAUGGUAGAAAUAUGGGACCUACGUAAACUGUCAAAGUCCGGAACGAUUGCAGUGGAAGCAGCUGAUGCGAAAGGAAACCCUCUCCCAAUCACCGUUCAAUUUGACCCUAGUGCUCAAUUUUUGGCCGUUGUCGGAUCUGAUGUUCGCAUUUAUGCUAAUAAGACAUGGCAGCUAUUAUGGUCUUCCAAUGAUGCUCAUUCUGCACCAAUUACGGACUGUAAAUGGAGUUGGGAUAAAGGUGCUCUGUUUACUUCAAGUUUGGACAGAUCUGUUCGGUCUUUUGCUCCACAACAGAGCUGA